AACGUCUGAGCGUUGGGUUUUCAGCAAGAUGUCUAGAACAUGUAUACUUUUUUCAGCAUGCUUCGCUUUUGGAUUCAUAGCUUACUCGAAUGCUAUGCCAGAUCAAAAAUUUAACAACGACAACAACAAUUCUUUUGAGAAAUUGGACAACGAUACCGACAGAGUGGGAUCCUACGCACAGGCUUCGUCUAUGGGUGUGGCUCAAAGACCCCAGAACACACAAUAUGCUUUUGUAGAAUGCUAUUCUUGUACCGACUGCCCAACAGUUGACGAAAUGACACCGACGAAGUGGUGCCCGGUGUAUUCUGACGUUACCCCCCGAUGUUUGGUGUAUGCUGAGAAAUAUAGAUAUCUAGACAGGCCCUGGUAUAUACGUGGCUGCACAACAGAGAAAGGCACUUGCGCCGAAAUCCGAAAAGCCCAUGCACAAUUCCCAGAUAUCGUCAAACUAUUGUUCUGUGAAGAAUGUGACGGCAACUUAUGCAAUACAACUAGUGGAGCAACUAUGGUAGAUGCUACCAUCGCUUUCAUUAUGUUGGUAGUAACUCCUGUUUUAACGAAAUUCACUCUCACAUAAAAUGCUGAAGAAACUUGAUGGUGCAUUUACACUUUCGUGCGAAUAGCGAGCCGAAUGAUCACGCAUAAUGUGUAAA